AUGGUGCAAAAAUCCCGCAACGGCGGGGUCUACCCCGGCCCUCAAGCCGAGAAGAAACUCAAGGUGGGCUUUGUGGGGCUAGAGGCUGGCGCGACCGACUCGAAUCGAGAUGGAGCGCUUCUCAUAGCUGGAGCUGAGGAAACAAAGCGAGGCAGCAUCUUGAGCAAGCAACGGUCCAGCAUCUCCGGCAAAAAGCCCCCGAAAAGAAAUGCCUUCUAUCGACGACUACAGAAUUUCCUCUACAAUGUCUUGGAGAGACCGCGAGGCUGGGCGUUCAUUUACCAUGCAUAUGUUUUCCUGCUGGUCUUCUCCUGUCUGGUCCUUUCUGUGUUCUCCACCAUUAGAGAGUAUGAGAAGAGUUCUGAGGAUGCUCUGUAUAUUCUGGAAAUCGUGACGAUCGUGGUGUUUGGAGUGGAGUAUAUUGUGAGGAUCUGGUCUGCUGGAUGCUGCUGUAGGUACAGAGGAUGGAGAGGAAGACUGAAAUUUGCACGGAAACCUUUCUGUGUGAUCGACAUCAUGGUGCUGAUUGCGUCCAUCUCCGUGCUGGCGGCCGGCACGCAGGGGAACGUCUUUGCCACAUCUGCCAUCAGGAGUCUCCGCUUCCUUCAGAUCCUGCGAAUGAUCCGCAUGGACCGCCGUGGAGGAACGUGGAAGCUUCUGGGAUCUGUCGUUUAUGCUCACAGCAAGGAACUGAUCACAGCCUGGUACAUUGGCUUUCUGUGCCUGAUCCUGGCCUCGUUCCUGGUCUAUCUGGCAGAGAAGGAAGAUAACGAGAUGUUUGAGACCUAUGCGGAUGCACUCUGGUGGGGCCUGAUUACUCUGACCACCAUUGGCUAUGGUGAUAAAUACCCAAUAACGUGGAAUGGUCGUCUCCUUGCCGCGACGUUCACCCUGAUCGGCGUGUCCUUCUUCGCUCUGCCAGCGGGAAUCCUGGGCUCAGGCUUUGCCUUGAAAGUUCAGGAGCAACAUCGUCAGAAACACUUUGAGAAACGUCGUAAUCCAGCUGCCGGCCUAAUCCAGGCUGCCUGGAGAUUUUAUGCCACUAAUCUGAACCGCACAGACCUGCAGUCUACCUGGGACUACUAUGAGAGAACCGUAUCUGUCCCCAUGUACAGUUCUUCUUCUUCUACCAUUCAAUUCUGCAGACUCAUUCCUCCCCUUAAUCAGCUGGAUCUGCUCCGAAACCUGAAGAGCAAAUCUGGACUCUCCUUCAGGAAGGAUGCUCAACCAGAACCCUCCCCCAGUCAGAAGGUCAGUCUGAAGGAGAGAGUAUUCUCCAGUCCACGGAGCUCUGGCACCAAAGGCAAGGGCUCCCCCCAGGGCCAGCAGCCCCUCAGACGCUCACCCAGCGCUGACAACAGCAUCGAAGACAGCCCCUCCAAAGUGCCCAAGAGCCUGAGCUUUGGCGACCGCAGCCGGGCCCGCCAAGCCUUCCGGUUCAAAGGUGCCGCCUCGCGGCAGAACUCAGAAGAAGCCAGUCUUCCUGGAGAAGAUAUUGUCGAUGACAAUAAGAGCUGUCACUGUGAGUUCGUUCCCCAGGAUCUGACCCCAUCACUCAAAGUUACCAUCAGAGCUGUGUGCAUAAUGAGAUUUAUGGUAUCAAAGCGAAAAUUUAAGGAGAGCCUCCGGCCAUACGAUGUCAUGGACGUUAUUGAACAGUACUCGGCUGGUCACCUAGAUAUGCUGGCCAGGAUUAAGAACCUACAGUCCAGAGUUGACCAGAUUGUUGGUAGAGGUGCUCCAAUGACAGAUAAGGACCGCCCCAAAGGUACUGCAGAGACAGAGAUACCAGAGGACCCCAGCAUGAUGGGACGACUGGUGAAGGUGGAAAAACAGGUCAUGUCUAUGGAGAGGAAACUGGACUUCUUGGUCAACAUCUACAUCCAGCGGAUGGGUAUCCCUCAGUCAGAGACAGAUGCCUACUUUGGCUCCAAGGAGCCUGAUCCGGCACCUCCCUACCACAGCCCUGUGGAACACAUGGAAAAAAGCGGCUCCAUCACUAAGAUCAUCCGUUCCAACAGCUCUGCAGGCCAGAAGAACUUUGAUCCUCCACCCUCCACCUGCUCCAACCAGGCCCAAUGCCCACCAUCCACGUCCUGGCAUCCUCACCCCUUACCUGAGCCCACCCAGCGCAGCCAAGGUGCCUCCCCAGUCGGGGAUCCAUCCCUGGUGCGCAUCCCUCCUCCGCCAGCCAACGAACGCUCCUCUGGCGGGCACAAUGGAAGCUCACGUGGGGGUGGAGGUCAUCAUUCCCGUGGCGGCGCUGGUGAAGAAGGGAAAAUGCAGGGCCAAUCACAGCAGCAGGGUGGGGCUGACAGUGACACGUCCAUUUCCAUCCCCUCAGUGGAUCACGAGGAGCUGGAGCGUUCCUUUAGCGGCUUCAGCAUCUCCCAGUCCAAGGAGAACCUGGACUUUCUCAACAACGUGUACUUCAGCGGUGUGGCCCGCUGCGCUAAGGUACGGCCGUACAUUGCCGAGGGUGAGUCUGACACCGACUCUGAGCUGUGUGCCCCCUCACCGCAUUCCGCCACCGGAGACGGGGUGUACGGCGACAGAGGCUGGUCUGGCCCCAAGUAA